AGGAAGGCAGGAGAAAGCGACCGAGGCAAUGAUUUCCUGUUUCCCACUGUUGUCGGAGAAAAGGUGCAUCUGGUUCGUCCCCUCCGGCGGAACCUCAUCGGGAAACCUCAUUUUUGUUCAUUUUCCUUCCUAGUUUUGUUCCGAUCUUAACGUGAAAUAUCUUUUCCGCCGAUCUGUAUUUUCUGGCUCACCCUCCUCGCUUUCAGCACAAUCGCACCCCAAAAACAGCCAACAAGAAACGAACUCUUUUCCUUUUUAAACCCUUUUUAACGUUAAGUAAGCCUCUUCUUCUUGGUGGCUUCUCUACGACGCCGAUGGCGGCCUUCCGCCGCGUGCUGAGGCCGAUAGCCGCCACCGGCAGGGCCUACGGCCGCGCGUUCACCGCCGUCGUCUCGGAGGGCGAUCCGCGAGCCGCUGUGUUCCCCCGGAAACACCAAGCGGACCCACCGAAGCAGCAGCACGGCAACGUCCAGUGGGUGUUUCUCGGCUGUCCUGGCGUUGGUAAGGGUACCUAUGCUAGCCGACUUUCUCACCUGCUGGGCGUGCCCCACAUCGCCACCGGCGAUCUUGUUCGGGAUGAGCUCGCGCAGUCUGGCCCUCUUGCCCAUCAGCUAGAAGGAAUCGUUAAUCAAGGAAAGCUGGUCCCUGAUGGAAUUAUUAUGAGCCUUUUGUCUCAACGUCUUGAAAAUGGACAAGCGAGGGGUGAGUCAGGAUUCAUCCUUGAUGGCUUUCCAAGAACAAUAAAACAAGCGGAAAUUUUGGAGGGAGUGACUGAAAUUGACCUGGUGAUAAACCUGAAACUCAGAGAAGAUGUAUUGAUUGCAAAGUGCCUUGGAAGAAGGAUUUGCGGUCAGUGUGGAGGUAACUUUAAUGUGGCAUCCAUCAAUAUAGAGGGUGAGAAUGGCACACCAGGAAUAUACAUGGCUCCUCUUCUCCCUCCUCCACAUUGUGCAUCAAAGCUCAUCACACGUGCUGAUGAUACAGAGGAAGUAGUAAAGGAGCGUCUUCGCAUCUACAAUUACAUGAGCCGGCCUGUAGAAGAUUUUUAUCGUGCUAGAGGAAAACUGCUCGAGUUUCAUCUACCAGGUGGGAUCCCUGAGAGUUGGCCAAAGUUGCUGGAGGUUCUCAACCUCGAAGAUCAUGAUGAUAAGCAGAGUGCUGCAGCAUAAAAUUGGCCAGAGAUGAGUCUAAAUCUCUGCAGUGUCUCAGAACAUUUUAGCAACUUGGUAAAGCUCAGUAACAAUAAGGGACUGGGAACAGGAAUUGAUUUUUGAGCAUAAGUAAAGGGAUGUCCAUAAUUGAUUUUUCUACCUGUCUACAUGCAUAUGCAUGAAACUAAGUUGGUAAGUCAUUUUAAGCUUUAGGAUUAAACUGUAAAACUUUUCUUUUAUUAAUCUUUUCUCCAUUCAUCUUGUUGUAAUAAUCCAAAAUUUGCCAUCUUAGGAUGCGCUUCUAUUUAUUUGGUACAUCAUGAUUUGUACUCCAUCAUUGACCAGCAGUGCAACUGAUGUUUGAGAAUUUCAAAAUUUGGAUAAAGAGAACAGGUUCUUGCACA